GAUUUCAAUCGGUUCAACACGUGCGCCGCGACUCGGCGGUUUUAUAAAUAUUACAAAUUCCCAUAAUGCAGAACGGCGGAGGACAAUCCGGCUGGAACUUCUCAGGAGGGGACAGAAAACAGUUUGGCAAUUACGGCCGCAAUAAUCAGCAGAGGCGCAGUGGAGGUGGCGGUGGUGGAGGUGCCGGAGGAGGAGGAAGCCAGAGCCACAUUCGCCAGUCCAACGGAAACUGGCCGGACGCAGGACCAGAAGGUGGGCAGAAUGGGAACUCCUUCAACAAGUUCAGAGAUCCCCAGCAGCAGCUUAAUAGUCAGCAGCCGAACAAAAGAGGCGGCCGAAGGAAUAGAGGCGGAGGUGGUGGUGGUGGCGGCGGUGGCGGUGGUGGCGGUGGCAGGCGAGGACACCGCGGCAGGGAUUCCAAUAGGCGUGGUGGGCGCAACCACUCAUGGCACGCUAAGGAGCAGCAUGUCAGCCCGGGCGAAAGUAACAUGCUGUACUACGAUAACGUGGGGGACUUCACCGAAGACCCACCUCUGCCUCAAUCCUCUCCUGCUCCUGCUUCUCUGAGGCAGGAGAGCCUGCCACCUGUCAUUUUCCCUGCUGACGUGACGCCACCAUCUGUACCUGAACCUGAACCUGAGGUGCCUGUCACGCCAGAAGAGCCGACGGUGUCGAUUAUCAAUAUCAAGAAGGAGAAGGAACUGCUGGAGCACAAGUCAAAAAUAAAGCCUUUUGUCAAACGGGAGCCUAAAUCUCCUAAUAAGAAGAAGGCUAACUCCUCCAGAUCAUCAAGCAGCUCGGAAGAAGAGUCCGAACCCGAACCAGGAGAAAUGGUAGUCAACACGAAGGCAGUUGCGGCACCGACCCCAAAAACGAAGGCCAGCAAAACACCUGUAGCAUCAACCCCGAAACCAAAAGCUGUGAAACCUGUCUCGUCCUCCGACUCCUCAGCAUCGGACACCGACACCGAUGAGGUAGAGAGUCAACCGCCGGCAAAGAGUAAAAAGGCAGCGAUUGAAAAGGACAACGAGGAGGAUGUGGUCUGCAUGGGUUCCCAGGAGCGCCAGUUUACUAUCACUGAUGAAGAGGAAAGCAGCGAGCUAGAAGAUGAAGACGACAAGAAAGUCAAAAAACAAAAAAACAAGAGUAAAGCCAUCGAUGUGUGUGGCAUAUGCGAUAAGAAGGGCCACACCUCCUUCCAGUGCCAGAUGAUAUGUCGUAAUUGCUCCGGCAGUUAUCAUGGUCUCAAGAACUGUCCGAACCCGCCCAAUCUAAACAUUGCCAUUCAGUCGUUUGUCGAGUUUGCCAUGCAGCAGAUGACUGCCUUUCAUUGCGAUCAACGGUUUGGCUUUCCUGCUGGCGCCGUCGCAGCUCCAGUUGCUUUGCCAGUGUCAGCCAAAUCCAAGAAGGACAAAAAGACGGCAAUAAAGAAGAGCAAGAAGACGCCGCAAAAGAGAAUGAAGGUGGAGCCGAAGGAUCAGGACGAGGAUGAUGACGACGAGGACGAUGAAGAAGAAGAUGCCAGCAGCGAGAGCGAAGACUCUGAGUCCAGCGACGAGCCUCAACCAGCACCUGUGUCCAAACAGAAGCGGAAACGAGGCACAAAAGCCGCCGUGGCGGCCGCAGCCAGUCUUCCUCCUCAAGUGUUCCCAUUUCCCCUUCUGGGUGCACCUGGCGCCCCUUAUAACUCCAUGAUGUAUUCCUAUGGAGCUCCGUUUAGUUUUCCUAAGUAGUUAUAGCGUGAGUUAGUUGUAGAGGAACGUAAACUAUAGAUGUACCGAAGAUGUGUAAGAAUAAAUUUCAAAUCCCAA